AUGGACCCUCUCUCUGCUCGUAAAACCCUCCCCUCCUCUUACACGAGAGACCCCACGAUCUGCAACGCAUCGAGUUACAUCCGUUUGCUGACGUCGAUCAGCGCAUAUCUAGGACCCGCAGCGGGCCGAUCUGAUACAGAGUCACUAGCAACUUCCCCUACCAUCCUGUGCUGUCUCUCGCAGAGCCCAAAGCUCCCUGUAAUCUAUCGCGAUCAAUCCUCCUUCUCCAAGGCGCAGGCUUCAGUCGACACUGCUCGCACAGAUGCAACUGCAGAGCCAACUGGCACGCACAGCCCAUCAUCAGCUGAAUGUCGAUCACGAUAUAAUAAUCCACCAACACAAGUCUUGGGAUGUCAUAAGCAUGGGCAGUAUCGGAACAUACAGGCGUCUCCUAUGUGGAUAACCCAACUGGGUAAUACGGAGCAUGGCAUGCAAGAUGACGAUUGGAGAAACCUUCGCCGAAUGUCUGUAAAGCACUGGUACUACAGCACACAAUGCACAAAAAGAUGCAUCAAGAACCCCAGCCGUGCUCUCUGCGGCCUAAUUUGGCAAGUUGCGCAAAGAGUCCCCUGUAAUGCGACAUAUAUAGUAUCGCCCACAGCGAUAUGGCCGCAGGGGAGGCUGCCAGGUCACGCUGAGCAACCAAGACUUAUCAAUGUGUCACCACUCGCGGCGUAUGACUGCGAACCGAAUCCUUCAAGCCAGGGAUAUAUCUCGGUAGACCAAGUCGAGAUUGAGAUAAAGAACCCCCAAAUGGCAGAACCAGGCCUAGCCCGUGUUGGUCUUGGACUCCGGAGACUGGUCGUCUACUGCGGCUGCAGAUAG